AUGACAAGUGGCUAUGUAUAUCAGAUGAUAUAUGAUUGUGAGUAUGGUGACGACAUCACGGACGUGGUCUUCUUUGUGAAAAACCUAUUUAACCAAAAGAUCAUCACCCUCUAUGACUCUCGGGUCGGGAAGUACGUUGGCUUUGGAGAAAGCGGCAUGAAGAACGCGGACCAUUAUAACCACCAGGGCUGGAAAAUGGAAGAGAGAAAGAGACAAGUGGAGACUCUCUGCAGAUACAACGCCAGAUUAUUCAGAAGGAGCACGCUGGACAGGCUCGUGCCUCCGGUCAUCAAGGUCCAUCCAGCCAAGCCAAUCGACUACGGGAAGCGGUCCAUGCUGGAGUGUAGCGUUGUGGGGUUUUUCCCACAGGAAGUGAGGCUCACACCCAGGAGAGGGGAGAGGGUGAGCUGCAGGGUGGACCACAGCAGCCAGAGGAAGAGCCUGGAGGUGGACUGGGACACCUCUUCACUGGAUGCUAAACACCUGAAGAAGACUUUGGGGAUCAUGUUCUUCUUCAUCGGCUUCACUGCGGCGGCUGGUGGAGCAGCUUACUACUGGUGGAAACAGAGGUGA